AUGGACUGGAACUAUGAACGUUAUGGCUUCGAGAUAUUUCCCUACUGCAGUGUUUUUGAUGAACCAGUAACUGUCAAAAAGGUAUCCAAUGCAGAACGCUACAGAUCUUACUUUGAGUACAAGACCCUGGAAGGAAUGAAUCCGCUAGACAUUCUUCACAGGUCUCGGUACAAGUGCACAAUCAUAGAGGCUCUUAACAGGCUCGGUUACAAUGUCUAUAGUUAUGACCAUCAAUCACAUGGUUUCUCCGAGGCAAAGACUGAAAGCAGAUGUCAUGUCAGUAGCUACAAUGAUUACAUUUAUGAUUUACUUCAGUUUGUGAGUAUAGUGAAAAGAGAUAAAUUUGGAGAUACUUCUCAGGCCUGGGAUGAUACCACGGCAAUAGCUAGUCAUGAGACGAAUAGAAAGAUCAUACUCAUGGGUUAUUCACUGGGAGGAAAUAUGGCGAUAAGAGCUGUGCAAAAGUUUUACAAGGAGAUAAAGAAUCCAAAAGCUAAAUUUGUAGAUGGUCUAAUUGGUCUUUCUACCAUGCUUAAUGUUGAUCCAUAUUUGGAUAGAUGGUACAAGAAGAUAGCAAGGCCAUUUGAAGAGGGUAUCGCCUGGAUGGAUCCAAAAUCAAAGAGCCCAUACCAAUAUCCAUAUGACAUUGCUCUCCAUUUUGAAAGAUUUGCCGAUUAUCAUACUGAUAUGCUCUACUAUAGUAAUACAUUCACUAGACGUGCGCGCAUGAUCCCUUUUAGUGCAUGCAGAAAGGUUAUGGAGGGGAAAAGAACCAAGUUUUAUCCCAAAGAUUUACCAACAUUAUUUGUCCAUAUCAGCAAUGAUAACCACUGUGAUGUAAAGGGUCCAAGGAAGAUGGUUAAUAAGAAACUCAAGGAAAGUAAGGUUGCGAAACUCGUAGAAUGGAAGGGAUGUGGACAUCAUAUGGUUGCCAUUCAGAUUGUCCCUAUUUUGGUACCACUGCUGGAGAAGUGGCUAAAUGGACACUUUUCAGAGAUGAAUGGAGAGAGACCAUUACAAGUUCCCUCUAGUGUUAAAGAGGACUCAGCAGUGCUCGCCCAGAAGAAACUCCGUAAUGUUGCACCUAAAUAA